AUGAUGGUGCGCGUCAAGAAGCUAGACAUCUCCUACUUUCAGCCGUGCACUGCGGAAAUAAGCACUGACCUCAACUGGCAGCAGUCCGCCGUCAAGGCUCAAAUCCUCACCAUGUCCGUACUCGAGAUCCACGUGUCCAUCCUCGGCUACAGAGAAACGCAGUGCGACGUGCUCAUCCGGAAACCCAUCCCCGCCAAUGUCGCGAACAAUCUGCCGCUCCUCGACGCGUUCGCGCAGACGUCCACGAUGGCGAUCGGCUUCGAUAUGAAGCACUCGCAGCGGUGGGAGUGCGAGCAAUGCGGCAAGCCCGCAUCUGAAACGUGGCUGGAUCCGCGGCCGACGAUCACUCCCGCUCAGUCGCUGGUGACUCUAUACGUGAGGGUGGCCCACCUGUGCCCAUCGUGUCAUGCUGCGGUCGAGACAGGCAUUCGAGACCGGCGCGCCAAAGCUAAAUCCGAAGCAGAAACCUCGUCCCCGCGCAUUGACGGUCCCAGCACCGCUCAAAUUGAAGUGACCCCUGGAGGCGACUCCCAUCCGUCCUCGAAACCUCCCGCUCCCCGGCCGAUGGCUGCAGCGAGCACUAAUUGCAAGCUGACACGAUAUUGCAGACAGCGGACUGGACGCGGCACGGGAAGGUCUAUCUGCAAAACGAUCACGGAGGUGAAGUGGCUCAACUGGGAGGACUCUAGCGAUCCCAGUUAUCGAAUGCCAGGGUCCUUUGAUUGAAGAAGGGACAUCGUUCCAGUAAUGAAAACGGAUGUCAUAGGAGGGGGUAUCUCUGGAUGCCGGACAACAUCUAUUUACGACGAAAUCAGCUUGUGUACGCUGUCAGCAAGUCUACAGGGGCUUCCAAUCAGGGAUCAAUGACUAUUUCGUCUCCGAUAGAAGCAGCUACGCCGCAAUUUUGCUUCGAGUAGUCAAUGAAGCCCCCAAUAUUCUCAUCAUGUUCCUUGGAUCUCUUCUAAAGCGCGCUCUCAUAAUGGCCACCGCCAUCAAUGUGGAAGAUAUCGGGAUCCAGAUUUUCGAAUUGAUUCACACAUACACACCUACUUGCUCCCCGUACUUCGUUCUGUGACCUCUAGGACGGGGACUUGGUCGGACACCGCUGCUGAAAGCUCCAGUGAAUCCCCAGGGAUUGGCUCCAAGGCCCCGAGGUAAAGCCGC